AUGGAUACCCGGGUCUUCCCCAGGUAUGGGCUGCUGGUGCUACUCUGCACGGCUGCUUCCCCUUUCGGGACCCGGAGCCCUUUGGCUGCCGCGGGGAGAAGCUGCUCGGACACCCGGCAGGUGUACUUGGAGAAGGGGUACAGCACAAGCACCGCUCCGCAAGACUCAAAUUCCGGUGAGCACCUGCGGCUCUGUCCUCAGGACUACACCUGCUGCUCCAGUCAGAUGGAGGAGACUCUGUCCCAGCAGAGCGAGAGGGACUUCCUCAAAGCAAUUGCAGACAACAGCCAGUUUCUCUUGACCACCUUUACCCAGAGACACCGCAGGUUUGAUGAGUUCUUCAAAGAGCUUAUAGACCUUUCAGAGAAGUCUAUGAACCAGAUGUUUACUAAGACCUAUGGCCUGCUCUUCACCCAGAACGCACAUGUCUUCCAAGAGCUGUUCCUGGAGCUUCGCAGAUAUUAUUCUGGGGGCAGUGUGAGUCUGACAGAGGUUCUCUCAGAUUUCUGGUCAAGACUGGUGGAGCGGGUCUUCUCUCUGGUAAACCCCCAGUAUCAGUUCAGUGAGGACUACCUGGAGUGUGUCAGCAAGCACGCUGAACAGCUGCAGCCAUUUGGGGAUGUGCCUCGCAAACUUCGUGUACAAGUGUCGAGAGCUUUCAUUGCAGCUAGAGCGCUAUCUCAAGGCCUUGCUACUGGUCGGGAUAUUGUCAACAAAGCAACAAAGUUAACUGCAGAUUCAGAGUGUGUGCGUGGCCUGAUGCGUCAGUGGUACUGCCCCCUGUGUCGAGGUAUGCCCUCCCUGCAGCCUUGUCACUCACUGUGCCUUAAUGUGAUGAAGGGCUGCUUGGCCAAUCAGGCUGACCUGGACACCGAAUGGAACAAUUUCAUUGAUGCUCUGUACCAGGUUUCAGAGAAGCUGGAGGGACCUUUCAACAUGGAGCUUGCAGCUGACUCCAUCUCUGUCAAAGUGUCAGAGGCCAUCAUGCACAUGCAGGAAAACAGUGUCAGCAUCUCCAGUAAAGUGUUCCAAGGUUGUGGAAACCCCAGGCCAGCUUCAGCACGGGCCAAACGCUCACCCAAAGAGUCAGGGAGUAACAGGAGGCCCUUCCGCACCUACACCCCUGAAGAGAAACCCACCACUGCUGCAGGCACCAACCUGGAUCGCCUGGUUACCGAGCUGAAAGAGCGACUGCGGCCCAUGCGGGGCUUCUGGGUGUCCCUCCCACACACCAUCAACGAUGAGAAGAUGGCCUGCCGACGUCACUAAGAGGACCGCUGCUGGAACGGGCAGACCCGGGGAAGGUACCUGCCAGAUGUGACAGGUGAUGGUCUGGUGAGCCAGAUCAACCCUGAGGUGGAGGUGGACAUUGCCCGUCCAGAUGUGAGAACCAGGCAGCUGAUUAUGGAGCUGAGGGUGGUCCAUAAACUGAGGCACGCUAUGAGUGGUCAGGACAUGGAUUUUGUUUCAGGGUGAGGAGGCAGUGGCUCAGGAGGUGGGGAUCUCGGGGAAAGAUACAAUCAUGACUGGCGUUAUGGGCCUUACUCUCCACCCUACAGCAAACCCUCAAAUAAUCCUGCCUCCAACCCUGCGAAGCCGCCUCGAGGCAGAGAUCGAAACGGGUCCAAUGAACAGAAACGGAAUGGACGGGUUCGAUCUGGAGGCGGUCUGCUCCGCUUUCUCCCAUUUUCUUUGUUGUCUUUACCUUUUGUGGUCACUGCUGCCACCAUGUGGAGAUAGCUGGUUAUUACAGUGCAGAGGUGAAGGAGAAUUUUUCAUGCUGGAGUCUAAAGCACAUUGUUAAGAAAUAAUUGCCAUUCCAUUCGGUUACACCAGCAUUAAAAAAACACUUCAAAAAAACAGGCUAAGUCAGCAAUAAUCAAAGACCUGUUUACAGCACUAAAUAAAUAGUGAAUAUUUUUCCUACUCCCCAAGCAACUAAUGAGACAUUAACCACACAGUGAUAAUUACAUACAAGACUUAAAACAAUUUUUUUUUAGUGCCAUGUUUAACUGAUUGGAGUUAGAUGCUGAACGGUGUGCAGUGCUGGAAGUCUUAAAGGGAACAACAGAACAAACUUUUUAACAUCACGUGAAUUUAGCAGCGUGUCUGGGUGAUGGAGGGGACUGCUUGGUGGUCUGUGAGGUAGAUAUUAGUCAUUCCAGUAAUUACUGUGUAGUUUCAGUGAGCAGCUGAUUUAAUGUGAGUACAUUUGUUUGCUGCUUUUCUCAUGAAAUUUAAUUUAAAUGCAUUUCAGUUUAGGCAUGGUUCAUUCAAUUUUUCCAUCUUUUGAAAGCAGUAAAAAUAAUAUGAUUUGAUUUAUUUUUUUUUUAAUUGCCAUAUUUUGGCUAGGAAAUUUUAUUUUAUUUUUAAAAAGAUGAAAGUGUGACUCUUGAAACCAAACAAUGGGCUGAUUUUGAAUGUAAACACUCAAACCAAGUUGGGUUGCUUAAAUUAGUGUAAUAUAUUGCUGGUUUUAAUUUAUUUGUAAUAUCAUAUUUUGUUUUUAGUAUUGCUUUAAGGCAAUGGCUGUGUUGUUUUUAAGUUUGUCUUUAACUUUCUCUGGUGGCAAAAAAAAGGAAAAAUCAAGUAUUAAUUGUUACCUUUCUGUAAACCAAUCAUUUAAAAAAAAAUCACACAUCGUUUAUUAUUAGCUGUAGUUGUUUUCUGGCUUCUUCACUCCUAACCAGAGAGUGUUAAGGAGCAUCAUGUGUGAGUGUGUUUGUGUGAUUGUUUUAUAAGGCUUGUUAUAUGUGCUGGAUUCAAGUUACUUUUUGAAGUCUUGUUGAGGGGAAGUUGGGACGUUUUUUUGGUUAACAGUGCGCUUUUGUACUUAUUUUUCCAGAAGUUGUUAAACAGUGAGUGAGCACACUAUGUAUUGUAACAUUGGACUGAAUGGUCAGGAUGUCAGAACUUAGACAAUGGCUCUAACUUUUCAUGUGUUUUGAUGAAGACAAAAUCAAAGACUUUAAAAGAUGAGGCUUGUGGGGAGUUGUCAUUAGGAAAGAGGACAGGAAGACAAAGGAUUAGUUUGGCUUUUUGGGAAGUAUGCUUAGCUCACACAGUGUAAAAUGAGAAGAUUAAGAAAACAUGGAGAUAUAAUCAGCUGCUGAUUAGUUUAAAGGGAAACAUCUAGCUUGGCUCUGUCUUGAUAAGAUCUGCAUACCAGCAGCUGCAAAUCCACAAAUGUUUGGCUUGUUUGAUGUGUCCAUAAACAAUCUGCCAUUUUACAGGAAUUAUAUGCUGAUUAUUUAUUGACAGGAACCAGUUGACAUAUCUACUAACUAGUAAAAAUGCUGUUUGCCACGAUACAGACCAACAUGCACUUACAGCCACUCCAGUAGGUACACAUGUUGAGUUGCUUGUUGACACAUAUCUAUUCAGCUAAAACAACUCAGUGCAUUUAGGCAUGUAGAUGAGAUCAAGAUGACCUGCUUAAGUUGAAGCUGGGAUUGGAAAAGAAACAAUUUAAGUGAUUUUCAGCAUAGUUGUUGGUAUCAGAUGGUCUGAGUAUUUCAGAAACUACUGGGAUUCUCCCACAUAAUCAUCUCUAGGGUUUACAGAGAAUUGUGCAAGGAAAACAUAUCCAGUGAUUGGCAGUUUUCUGGAUGAAAAUGCCUUGAUGAUGCCAGAGGUCAGAAGAAAAUGGCCACAUAUGCACUGAAUGGGUCAGAAUCUGGUGUAAAAGAAAAAGGGAAAUGAAAGCACUGAUCCAUCCUGCUUUGUAUCAGUGCUUCAGACUGUUGUUGUUGUUGGUGUAAAGUGUGGAGGAUAUUUUCUUGUUACACUUUGGGACCCUUAGCAUCAAUUUAACACCAUUUAAACACCACACCCUACCAGAGUAUUGUUGUGGACUAAGUCCAUCCAUUUACCACUACAGUGUACCCCCUUUCUGAUGGCUGUUUUCAGAUUGUGUCACAAAGACCAUCUCAAACUGGUUUCUUGAACAUGACAAUGGGUUUUCUGAACUUAAAUGACCUCCACAGUCACCAGAUUCUCAAUCCAGUUGAGCACCUUUUUGAUGUGGUGGAAUGGGAGACUUGUAUGGGGGGAUGUGCAGGUGACAAUCUUAAGCAACUGUGUGAUGUUUCCCAUCAAUAUGGACCAAAAUCUCUGAGGAAUGUUUCCAGCACCUUGUAGAUUCUAUUCACGUGGAAUUAAGGCAGUUCUGAAGCAUUAUUGGGUCCAACCUGGUACCUGCAAGCUCUUAAUGAAGUGCUUGUUAGUGCAUCGCCCCAGUAUCAAUUUUACAACUCUGAGCUUUCAGCAUCUUUAAGUGACAUUAUCUUAAACAAUAUUCAGUAUAGCAUGUUUAAUUUGCAUCUUGAUAGGGUAAAGUUUCAGCGUUUGUCACGUUACACUUUUUAUGCUAAGCUAUCGUAGCUAGCUGCAUGCACUGGGUCCACCUUUAAGAAAGCAAAUAAGCACAGUUCCCCAAAUGCUCGACUAUUCCUCAGAGAUGAUGAAAGUGAGUGUAUAGAGCAGCUCGAGAGAAAAGAGAAACUGAGGAUAUAAGAGAAUGUAUAGAUACUGCAAAAGGACACUUAAAGAGAAACAGUGAAAUCCCACUUGCUUGUAACAGAAUUAAAUAUACUAAGAUGACCUACAGUAGGAAUAUGAUCUAGACAAGGAUUUCCUUCUAUAACAUAUCCAUCUUUGCCCCAAAUACCAACUGUUUUCAGUGACUGAAAAUAUUCAGUCAACGACAUGAAAUCGUUUUACUGCCAACAAGCCAGCAGUCAAAGGUGGAUAUGUUCAUUUGAAAUGAAAACCUUCAGUAGGAAGCAUAUAGAAGACUUCACCACACACAGCAUUAUAUUGCACAAAGACAAUGACAAAAGUGUUUCACAGUAUUUUAAAAGCAACAGUGUUUUAAUCGUGUGCUUUCAGUGCUCAGCAGUCAGACAUGUCUGUGGUGGCUGCAGUGUUUCCAUUAAACUUUAGGAAAGUUGUUCUUGAGGCCCAUUCCUACAACUCACAUUCCUCCAUGGUGAAAGUAUAGCACAACCUUUUUUUUUUUUCAUGUUGUUGUAACAGUUUUUUGGUAUCAAACAAGUGAUAUU